AUGGAGCAACGUAAUUCAACAGAGAUGAAAGUUACACAGACAUCAUCUAGGCAACAAUUGAAUGAUGAACUUGAUCGAUCAUGUCCAAUUUGUUUACAAUUAUUUGAUGAUGAUCAAUGUCGACAAACAGUUACGUCUUGUAAUCAUUCGUUUUGUUCAAAUUGUUUACCACGAACAUUGCAAAUAAAACCAUUCUGUCCUCUCUGUUGUCAAUACCAAAAUCAAGGUAACCACAACAAUCAAUCGCUCGAAUCAUCACAAUUAGAUCAAAAUACACCUUGGAAUCUAGAAGUUGUACGUGCUCUCUUUAGUGAAGAAACUAUCGAUGAAAAUGGGCACGUAAUGAGAAAUGUUCUUCUAUCGAAUGGUGAAUCAACAAAUAUUCAUGUUAGUCGUGAUGCUCAAAUCAGUGUCUCACCUAGUACUAAUCUGAUCAUUAAUGGUAAACGAAUUCAAAACCCCUCUGAUUGUAAUCAACAAUGA